AUGCGAGAAUUACACCGGUUCGAUCUUCCCUAUCUACUUAAUACCAGCUGAUAACUAUAUAGCUCCAUUUCCCGUCUGCGCGAUAUCAUUGGCUGCAAGAAGCCAAAGCAAAAAGGGGGCAAAAAGUCAAAGGAUUUGCUGCCACAAAUGACACUGCCUUACAUAAACAUCAUGAUCCAACUACUUAACCCCCCAUCGAAUCAGUCAACCUCAUCUCCCUUUUACCCUACUUCCAAGCCAUGUCGGACGUCGACUUCCUCCGUUCCAAGUUUCGUUUCUAUCCUGACUUCCCCAAAAAGGGUGUAGCCUUCGCCGAUUUCCUUCCAAUCCUUCAAGAUCCGAUCGCAUUCGAAACCCUUAUCACCCAUAUUACCCACCACAUCACCUCUCAUACCAUCCCUAGCAUCUCCUCUUCUACCAAGGGAAAGCCCCCUUCAUAUCAUCCCAACGGAAACGGUAAAAUAGACGUGAUAGUGGCAUUAGACGCCCGUGGAUUCUUACUGGGACCCAUCAUAGCUCUCAGACUGGGCGCUUCUUUCGUUCCCGUUCGUAAGAAGGGCAAAUUACCUGGCGAAACUAUUAGCGUGGUUUAUCAGAAGGAAUACGGCACGGAUUCAUUUGAUAUUCAGGUUGGAGCUAUCAAAGAAGGUGACAAUGUUAUCGUUAUCGAUGACGUCCUUGCAACCGGUGGCUCAGCAAAAGCAGCCGGUGACCUUAUAAGUGCCUGCGGAGGCAAAACAGUCGAGUACAUCUUUGUCAUCUAUGCCGCUUUCUUGAAGGGGCAUGAGAAACUUGAUGCCCCUGUCUAUAACAUCAUCGAGGUGAAUGAAUGA